UGCAGCCUUUAGACAGAGGUUAAAAAAAAAACCAUAAAAACUACAUUUAUUGUCCUACAAGUUUUCUACAUGUCGGAUACAUAAGCAAAACCCAAACUUACGAUCCAAGCAAACCCUUUUUCAAUUUCCCCUACCUUUUUUUUUUUUUUUUGUUCUUUGAUUACAACUAACAGCUAUACUCAAGUAAAAAAGAGAAUUUUGUUAGUCUCUUUAGAUUUUUUAGGUAGCUCUCUUCUAGGCUCGAGUAAUAAAGGACAAUUAAGAGUUAUUGAGUGAUUAAAAGAGUACUUGAAUUGUUGGAUGCAAAGAAUUUAAUUCCCUUCCCAACCCUCAGAUAAACAGGCUUCAGAGCACCAAAGCUUUAGAGGAGACAACCUAACUUUUCUUCCUUUUUCUUUUUUUUUUUUUGUUCUCUCUCUCUCUUUCUCUUUUUCACUCUUCCUUCUCAGAGUAUUGUUUAUUUUGGAGUAGCAGUGGAGGAAACAAGAAAGGAAAAUAAAGGACUCCCUUAGUGUGGGAUGGGAAUAAGAUAAGAGGAAACCAUAGGAAAUGACUUGGUGCAAUGACUGCAGUGAUGUGCAAACUAUUGAGAGAAGAACCUCUCCUCCAUCUUCUCAUAAAGCUGUUAUCGCUCAAAGACACAAAGAUUGCCUACUUAGAACAUGUCCUUCUUGCGGUCAUCAGAUCAAAUGUCGUGAUCAGGGUGGAAUCCAUGAUUUGCCUGGAUUACCUGCCGGAGUGAAGUUUGAUCCAACAGAUCAAGAGCUUCUUGAACAUUUGGAGGGGAAGGUGCGGUCUGAUGCACGUAAGCUUCAUCCUCUUAUUGAUGAAUUUAUCCCUACUAUAGAAGGAGAGAAUGGAAUUUGCUAUACUCAUCCUGAGAAGUUGCCAGGAGUAAGCAAAGAUGGCCUUGUUCGCCAUUUCUUUCACCGACCUUCCAAGGCUUACACGACGGGGACUAGAAAAAGAAGAAAGGUUCACACUGACACAGAAGGCGGCGAGACCCGGUGGCACAAAACAGGCAAGACCAGGCCAGUUUUCAUUAGUGGAAAAGUUAAGGGGUACAAGAAGAUCUUGGUGCUUUACACCAACUAUGGGAAGCAAAGGAAACCCGAGAAAACUAAUUGGGUGAUGCACCAGUACCACCUUGGCAACAAUGAAGAAGAGAAAGAUGGUGAGCUAGUUGUUUCAAAAGUUUUUUACCAAACACAGCCUAGACAAUGUGGUUCAGUUAAGGACUCCCUGCCCUCGCAAUUAAAGGUGCAGAUUGGACAUGAGGGUUCUCAUCACCUUAAGAAUAAUAAUAAUGGGCUUGUUGAGUUCUAUAAUCCUCCUUUCAUUUCCUUUGAUCAAGGUGGCCAAAGCAGAGCCAACCCUAGCCAGUUACUUCCCCAUUUUGCAGUCCACGAUGGGUCGUUUAUUCCUUGACAAAAACAAGAUCGAUCUACGGGAGCGAAAAAACAAAAAAAAGGUGAUAUAUAGUCUACAUAGUGUAUAUGUGACCGUGGAGGCUAAAUCAAAUAAAGCAUUAAUUGGUGAAACAAUAAAUUAAUAUAUACUUAUGUUUUUAGGAGAAGAAAAAAGGUGGGGAAGAAUAGAGAAUGUUUUUACAGCUAGUUGAAGAGCAAAAGAAACAUUCUUCAUCAUGGAAGAAUAUGAAGAUUUGGCCGUAACCACUUUUUUUUUUUCCCUUCCUCCUUUAAUGGAUGCUUUGUAUAGUGUAACCAGCAAGGUGUAAAUGUGUCAGAUGCUUCAUCAAAUUUUAAUCUUGGAGAAGUUAACAUUUGGAACCUGUGCAAAAGUGUGAUAUACUUACCACAAGUAGCAGUCUAUUUGGUUUAUAUUCAACACUUUGUCCUUUAAAAUGUGGCAAUA